AUGGAAGUGACAAUGUUGGAUUGGAGGGUGAAGCGUAGUGUAGCUCAUUUAGGGAGAGGAAGAGUGGAAUGGGAGUUGAGACUGCUGCAGGUGUACAUGAGGGAUGUGGAAGAAGGGAAGUUUGAUGAUAAAGGGAAGGGGGUUUCGGGCCAAAAGGUGAGAUAUCUUAGGCGACAUAAAAAAAUUAUCGCUAAUAAUAGGAUGCUUUCUUCUGUUUCGUC